UUUUUUUCUUUUUAAUAUUUUGUAAAGAAAAAUGAAGAUCUUUGCUAUCCUUACUUUGAUUCUUUCAUAUUUUGUUGCUUUCAUUUUGGGACAAGCACCUGUAAAUGCAGGUGUUGCUAUCAAUAUUCCAACUCUUAAUCAAACUGUCUAUGCUGGCUCUAACUUAACCAUUACUUGGACUAUUUUGGAUGCAAAUGCUACUACCAUUAAUGCUAUCAGUUUAAUGGAUGGCGACGCACUUAACUUGAAUUGGGUUAUUCAUAAUAUUCUUACUAAUGGCCCUAUUCAAGUUUCUGAUAGAAAGUAUGUUUGGACUGUCCCUACCAAUCUUACUACUCGUAAUGACUAUGUCAUUGCCAUGCGUGGAAAUAAUUCCUAUUACACUUAUUCGGAUUAUUUUACUAUCAUUAACGAAAAUAACUCUUCUUAAGAUGCAUAUAAUUGAAUUUUAUGUAUGAAUAAAUAAUGUUUAUAAGAG